CCUUAUUUUGUACAAAGCUGGUGACCGAGGAAGAUGCAGCUCCCGUCUGUGCUGGUGUUGGUGUUGGUGGUAUGUAGAUCUGCUGCAGAAAAUAUUGAAGACAUGAAAAGGCUGUACAGUGACCUGUUUCGGAACUACAGCACUAAACACAGACCCGUGAACAACCAGAGUCACCAUGUUGACGUUCACAAUACAUUCAACCUGGUUGCAAUAACUGAAGUUGAUCAGGUCCGACAGACCCUCCACAGCAACGUCUGGAUGAAUCUGACAUGGAUGGACGAGUUCCUUAUCUGGAAACCUGAGAAUUAUAACGGCAUUAAGUAUAUUCAUCCUCCACUGACUGACAUUUGGAGACCGAAACUCAUGGUUCCAGUGUCUCUGGAGGAUCGGGACGUCUUUAAAGACGACACAUCCGGUAUCACAGUUUACAGCGAUGGCACAGUCACUUGGACACCUGGGGCAAACUUUCUUACUGACUGUAAGUUAGACCUGACCUUAUUCCCAUUUGAUGUUCAGACAUGCGAGUUCCGAUUUAUCCCAAUCAGCUAUGAUUCAAGUGAGGUAAAGAUGGUCUCAGCUUUGAAGAGUGCAAACAGCCAAUCCUUCACAACUAACGGAGAAUGGAUUCUUCCAAGUUCCAGAGCUUUCACUCGCGAAAGGCGUAUCGGAGAAGAUUUAAGCUUAUCUAAUCUUUACAUUCAGAUUGAUCUGGAGAGGCGUCCGGCGUUCUUUGUCCUCAAUGUCAUUCUACCUGUAGUGGUGCUUUCCUUUCUCAACAUAUUCGUGUUCGCACUGCCGUGUGACUGUGGCGAGAAGGUUUCGUAUGGCAUCACAUGCCUUCUCUCUCUAGCUGUAUUCAUGAGCAUCGUGAGUGGACUACUUCCAAACUCGUCCGACAAUAUCCCGCUGGUCACCCUGUAUCUUACAUGUCUGUUCGGCAUCAGCGUUCUGUCGGUUGUCACCACCAUCUUAAUCGUCAUGAUAGAUACCAGGAAGAUCAACAACAAGAAUACACACUCACCACUGUUUGUGAUACCACGUUGUUGGUCGUUAUCACUUCAUGGACGUAAACGCAAGGUUAUGGACGAGACUCAGCAGGAAUCUAAAAACCAUGGUUUGGCAGGCGAUGGGAACCGAGUGAAGGAAGGCUGGGGAAGUUCUGACUCUGGUGGAUAUUUGAUAUCAGCUGACUGUCUGUGUAUGGUUAUAUUCAUGGCUGUUUGGCUGUGUGCGACUGGGGGAUUCCUCAUCAAACUAACAUGAUAAAUGAAAGGUCCUUGUGCUAUUAUACCAGUGUGAAUCUUCAACGAUCUGUACCUCUUAUGCUAAAUGAUUUGUCCCUGUGCUCUAGGGUCCUUUGGAAAUACAGAAAUAAAACAAUUGAGAACAUUCACCACAGUAUGUAUGUACAUUGGACGUUGAACUCACACAACAACAUGUCCUCACAAUUGGCACCUUCCUGGAUUGUUAUUAGGAUAAUAAAAUAUGUAUUGUUCACUGGAGGAUAAUAUGCUCACUGUCAGCAUCAAAGCGGUAAAUUGUUAUUCGAACCCAUUCGAACCGAUUCGAGUGUCUCUUUUGCUAUGAAAACCAGAUCAUUCUGGAAUAUUAAAAAAAGGAACUGUCUCCUUCAACCAACUGAACUAACCAUACUGAAUUAUAAUUGAAGUGUAUUCUGGUGGAUCAUCGCACUGUUUCUGGAUCAUAAUGCAACAGAGUCAUGGCGUAAUUUGGCUCUGCAAUGCAUCUUCAUACCCUAUGUGUAGUAACAACUAACAUGUCCGUGACAUUAUACAUUGAUCAUGUUAUUAGGAUAGCGAACUGCAUAUUGUGUAAUGGAAAAAAGAGGAUAAAAUCACUGUCAGUACUAUUUGAAAUGUUGUUCUUACUGAAAGUGAAAAUGGAUUUUAUCAUCUCUUAUCAAGAGCAUGACACUGUACAGUGAUUGCCAUUGGAAUUUCAAACAAAUGGUGGUAACCAUUAAUAUUAAAUUGGACACUUCA